ACACUGACUGAGGAGCACAAUUCCUUCCAGGACCCCAGAAGAUUCGGCCUUCCACGGGUAGCAGCCGUCACGCACUGGAGUAAGCGCCGCCGGCGGCCGGAACAACCCCCGAUCUCGACGGCAGAGCGAGAGAGCGAUGGCGCUGACCAACUUCAUCGUUACGGUGGCCGUGGUCGGCGCGGGGGUGCUCCUCUUCACCACCGACAUCCGCAGGUCUGGCGCCCUCUUCCGCCGCAACGCGCGCCAGCUCCGGCAGUGGCUUGAGGAGGACACGGCCUCCGCCGCGUCCAAGUCUGCAAAAGAAGCAGCUCCCAAGAAACUUGACUCAACGGUCCCCAAGGAGAAGCCAAAUGAAGACGGUCACUGAUUGGAGUUGUUUAUAUGAAUCAUGAAUGGUAUAACCCCUACUUAAAGUCGUUCAAGUUUUGUUUUCUACAAUUACUGUGCUAGAAACUUGUAGCUCUUAAGUAGAUGCACAGCAAAAUCAUGUUUCUGUUUGAACAUAAAUAUAUUUGGCCUCUGUGGAACAGCUGAAUAUGGUAUUAUGUUUUGCUUGUAAGGAUCUAAAGCUCUUAGCUAAUCUACACGUGUCCUGGUAGAUUUGAUAUUUGGAUGACUUACCCAGUAAGACAGAUAUAUGAAAUGCUUCUACGAAGCAUUUUUAG